AUGGCGAACCCAGAGCUAGCAAUAGCCAAGGCCUCCUUCAGUGCCCUCCUCUUUCGGAAAGAGCCCGUUUCGCUUACCCGCCCCGAGAUCGAGGCCUUCCACACCCUCCUCCACGAUGCGAUCCACCAGUGCUCGCCCGCAAACGUUCAGAAAUGCAAGCGCUGGAUCCUUAAGAACACGGUCCCAUCGGCGGCGCGUGUCGCCGCCCUCGGUAAAUACCUGGCCGCCCUUUCCAACUCAUUUUCCGACGAGGCCCGGACGAAACCAUCCACUAGGCGGCGGCGCUUGCACGUCCUCUACAUCCUCAAUGACGUUCUCUACCACGUUAUCGUCCGCGACCGAGAUGCGCGCUUCGCGACCGAGCUGGAGGCCAGCCUGACUCCCCUCCUCCACGGCGCCGCAAGGUUUCGAAACUGCCCAAAGCAUACAAAAAAGUUGGAGACCCUCCUUGCCCUCUGGGAGAAGCACGCGUACUUUUCAGCGACUACCAUCGAUAACCUUCGUGGGACCGUCAAAGAAGCGCACCAUGGCGGGGAGUUGCCAAAGAUUGCUGUGCAGGACCAGACAGGCUCGAAUCUCGGCUCCAAGCUUCCCAAGGAUGCGCCGUACAUGAUUCCCUCUAUCCACGGCGAUCCCAACACCCCCUGGUUUGAUCUGCCCGCGGCCAAUUGGUUGCCGCACCUCACGCCGAACUCGACGAAGCCCAUCAACCCAGACAUGGUCAAACCGCUGCAGCUCGCACAGGGACCUGCAGACAAGACCCUCGCAAAGGCCGUCAAGGACCUGCUCGUCGAUGUCGAGAGGUUGUACAGCAGAAGCUCGCGCCCGCAGAUUGCUAGCCCGCAAGAGCACACGGAUCUCAGCGAGAUGGGCGAGCGCGUAGUGCUCGAUGAGAUCACGCACGAGGUCGUGGACGGGGAGACGUACUACGGCUGGUCGCGCAGGUUCUGCGAGAAGAUGAAGCAGCGCAGGCAGAAGGCCCAGACGGGGGGCGACGGCCGCGGACGGGGCCGAUCCAAGUCGCGGAGCCGCUCACGCAGCUACUCCUCUGGCCAGUCAAGCAGAAGUGGCACCCCGCCAGCUUUCAAGCGGCGCAGGAUCUCGCCAGAUUCUCGAGGCCACAGUCGCACCCCCAGCCCCGGCCGUUCUCGGCAACGCAGUACACAACGCGGUCGGUACGGAUCUCGCUACAGUCCAUCCAGGUCAAGGUCAAGCUCUCGCCCACGUCACAGAUCGAGAUCACUGUCCCACGAUCAAGGCCCGAGAGGAGACAUGGGUCGCGUUAGCAAGUCACCACCGACGUAUCGCAACCGACACGAUCCAAACUUUGGACCCGGGUAUCGUGACCGGGAGCAACCGCCGCCGCCGCCGCCCCCUCCCCCCAGCUAUCAUCACACCACGUCAGCUUUCCCGCCCUACCCUCCUCUACCGCCCCAGGCGGCCGGCGGCUUCGCCCACUUUCCACCACCGCCGCCUCAAGGCUACCAGGGGCAAUGGCCACCGCCGCCACCGCCUCUUCCUCCUCAUAUAGGCGGCCCGGCACCUCCGCCUAGCUGGUCUCCUCCGUCAGUUUCUGGUGUAAUUCUACCGCACAUGGGUGGAUGGGCUGCUCCACCACCGCCCCCGCAGCAGCAGCAGCAACAGCAGCAACAACAGCAACAACAACAUCAAUAUCAGCAAUUUGGAAGAGGCAGUGGCGGAUAUCGGGGACGCGGGGGAUGGGGAGGUUAUGAUCGAGGCAGGGGUGGGUGGUAG